CGCGACCACGUCACCCUUGCCUCGCCCAAACAUAACCCAACCCGCGCCCGAGCCCGAGGGAGGGAGAAGGAUCGGAAAGGCGGGCAGGCGUGGCGUACGGGUCAGAGAAAAUAUCCCAAAACCAAAAGCCUCCAGGAACUCCUCGCGCCGCGCCGCGACCGCGACCGCGACAACCGACCAACCCGACGCCACCACGGCGACGGCGACGGCGAGCCCCCUCCGCCGCCUCCGCCUCCGCCUCGCCGCCUGCCUCCGCGCGCCCCCCGCUCCCCCGCCCCAGCCCUGCGACGCCGCGGACCCGCCCGCGCUCCCCCGCCACCGCCGCAGGCGCCUCUGGAAGCUGCCGCCCCGCCCCGGCGCCCCGAUGAUGGACGCGCCGCCGACGCCCACCACGCCCCCGGCGUCGCCGCGGCCCCAGACGCAGCCGCAGGCCCAGGCCCCCGCGGCCGCGGCCGUGCCGUCCAGGCGCUACGGCGUGCAUUUCUCCGCCUCCAGCUUCAUCCAGGCGCCGCUCUCCGCGCUGCUCGAGUACUCGGGCGUCCUCCGCGCCGACCCCGGCCCGCACCUCCCGCCCGCCGGGGGCGGCGAGGUGUCGAUCCGGAUCGUGGGGUCGGCGCCGACCGACGGGGCCGACGACGUGCAGGAGGAGGGUGCGGAGGGAGACGCCGCGAGGGGGGCGCACCCUUCCGCGCCCGCGCCGGCGGCCGCGGCCGGCGCCGACACCUCCUCCUCCUACCAGAGGUACGACAUACAGCAGGUGGCCAGGUGGGUGGAGCAGAUACUGCCCUUCACCCUGCUGCUGCUCGUCGUCUUCAUCAGACAGCACCUGCAAGGUUUCUUUGUCACCAUCUGGAUUGCUGCCGUGAUGUUCAAGUCCAAUGACAUCCUGCGCAAGCAGACUGCUCUCAAGGGGGAGAGAAAAAUGUUAAUUCUUGUGGGAAUUACAAUAUUAUUUGUCGUUCAUGUAUCUGGAGUGUACUGGUGUUACAAGAAUGGUGAUCUUAUCAGACCUCUGGUCAUGCUUCCUCCAAAAGAGAUACCACCAUUUUGGCAUGCAAUAUUCGUAAUCCUGGUGAAUGAUACAAUGGUGCGCCAAACUGCUAUGAUCAUGAAGUGCUUACUGCUAAUGUACUACAGGAACACCAAGGGCCGUAGCUAUCGUAGGCAGGGGCAAAUGUUAACACUCGUGGAAUACUUUCUACUUCUGUACCGUGCCUUAUUGCCUGCCCCUGUAUGGUACCGUUUUUUCCUGAACAAGGAGUAUGGGAGCCUAUUUUCCUCUCUAACCACUGGACUGUAUCUUACUUUCAAGCUGACAUCUGUCGUGGAAAAGAUUCAAUCAUUUUUUACAUCUCUGAGAGCGUUGUCCCAUGAAGACUUCCAUUAUGGUUCAUAUGCAACGAGUGAGCAGGUUGCUGCCGCUGGAGAUAUGUGUGCUAUAUGCCAAGAGAAGAUGCAUGUCCCCAUUCUUUUGCGCUGUAAACAUGUCUUCUGCGAAGAUUGUGUCUCUGAAUGGUUUGAGAGGGAGCGCACCUGCCCACUGUGCAGGGCACUGGUGAAGCCAGCAGACCUCCGGUCAUUCGGCGACGGUUCGACAAGCCUCUUUUUCCAGCUUUUCUAGGCCGCAAACAGCAAGCAGGGAACCUCGCUUGCUUUGCGCUGUGCAGAUAAGAAAGCAGAUGUUAUAGGUGUGAGUGUGUGUGUGUGUUGUGUUUGUCCGUGUUUCGCAAGCAGAGCGGCCCGAUGAGGUGCUGAACGGAUCCCAACGCCCCCCUUCCCAGCUGAAGGUGGAGAGUGCAUGAGUGCGUUUGUUCCCGAUUGUGCAUAUUAUCCCCUGUAUAGGCUAUAAGAAAUCUGACCCUACUACGAUUUACAUAAAUAGAAAUGAGUAUAUAUAGACUAUUGUUAUA